AUGGCGUUCAAUUUCAACUGGUCGCCAUUAUCCACAGACGCCGGAUUCCUGCCACGAGCUCAAGAACUCCUCACGAACGCCCUCAACCGGGCAGAUCCCAAACCAGCCAUUAUUGUCGAUGACAUCGUGGUCAACGAACUCAAUCUCGGCGAUGUCCCUCCCGAAUUGGAAAUACUCGAAAUCGGCGACCUGGCAGAGGACCGAUUCCGUGGCACCUUCAAGAUGACGUACCGGGGAAAUGCAUAUCUGACGCUGAAGACGAGGGUACAAGCAAACCCCUUGAACACGUAUCUGCGUACGCGCUCUGCCUUCGCAUCACCUCAGCCACUGGCCGCUGAUAAGGGUCUCACCAUUCCAUUGCAAAUCACUCUUUCAGAAUUUCGAUUGUCAGGGUUCAUAAUCCUCGUGUUUUCUCGCCAAAAGGGUCUGACUCUGGUUUUUCGAAAUGAUCCCCUUGAAUCGCUCCGAGUCUCAUCCACUUUCGACUCGAUUCCUUUCGUGGCCAAUUUCCUACAGAAAGAAAUCGAGACCCAAUUGCGCGGGCUUCUGAUGGACGAGCUGCCAGCCAUCAUCCACCGACUUUCCCUGAGAUUGUGGGCUCCGGAAUAUACAGCCCGCGAGGAACGUGAGCUGGGCGCCACUCCCACUGCUAAGGACGAGGUAGUGGUCGACCCGCUCGCCAGCCCUCCGCAAGAUCCAGUGGACUCUACGGGUGCAGUACUUACUCCGGCCGAGGUCGCAUCGCUGUCGCUUGAUUCGUCGAUCGAGACACAAUCGCUUUUUUCUAGGAAGAAUCUGUUGCGUCUUGCGACCCUGACCGACUCUCACCGGACGUUGUCGCUGUUUACUCCGUCCAUUCGCGACGCUGUCUUCAGGGCUUGGACGGGUCCAAUGGAACGUGGGGAGAUGGGGGGAUUGCACAGUCGAGCCGGAACACCUGCCUUGUCCCGGACGCAUUCAUAUGCAGGGAGUCUCAGUACAAACAACACUUAUACUUUCGACAGCUCUACACAAACCCGGCCUGGCCUGCCUAGCUUCCCGUCCGCGAAUACCGUGCUCAGCAUGAGCGGUGGACGCCACGGUCAAGGGCACAGAACACGCAAGAAGAAGAAACGUGUGGUGGAUCUACGAGCACGGACAGAAAAUGGAACUCCCGAGCUGGCUAGUGAAGAUGGCUCGAUGGCCGACACAGCCAGUGUUUCGGAGAGCACAUCUACGGCCCCAACCGUGUUCUCGGCACCUGCCGCGACCGGUUACUCAGAUGUCAACCCGGGACUCGGUCUGAUUUCACCACCUCAAAGUCCUGCCCAUGCUGAACGUGCUGGUACUGCUACUAUUCGUCGCGAGAGCGGAAGUACUCGAGAUUCUGCUAGCGUCAGCGAAGGGGCACCGGGACCAGCUAUCUCGACUGACACUGAGGAACCUGCAGUCGUCUCUCAGAAGACGUCACCCGCACCAGAUGCCGAGGCGACCAUUCGCGCACGGUCACGAAAACCAAAACCUGUGUCUCUGGACGAUGAUGAAACACCAAGAGCGUCUAUGUAUCUACCGGAUGAAAAGGCGCGUUCUGUCUCUCAACCGAUUACGGAGACGCGAUCAUCGAUUCCAAGCGAAAAGCAGCCUGGCUAUCACUCGGACGCUCGAACUUCGCGUCCACCACUUCCGAAUUUCCUGUCUUUUGUGACAGACUCGUCCAAUGCCGGCAGCAUUGCCGAACAGGCAUGGAUGAUGAAGAUGGCCAGCGAGAUGGCCAAGCGGUACGAAGAAGAACGGUUGAGAGGUAGCUUUGGACCCAUGUCUCCUCCUCGUGAUAUGGACCAAGUUCCACCUCCUGCCUAUGCACGAUAA